GAUUUGGUGCCAAUUCAGAUUGUUAGCCCUGAGACAAGGUACACUUUUCUGGCUCCAGACCUGCUGAGGGCAGACAGCCAGGAGAACAUCUACUUACAGGUGGAUGAUUUGACGAAUCGCAAUCCCAUCGAUGUCGCCAUUUCUAUCAAGGACUUCACCAAAAGCAUAACACUGCUCGGAGACUCUGUCACGCUCAACGAAGGGAAUGGCUACCAUGCUCUCAAGUCCAUACAGCUCUCAUCGAACGGUUUGUACCGCGACGAGCAGAGGAACAAGUUUGUGUAUCUGAUCGUGAACUUUGGCGACCUCCACACAGAGGAGAGAAUAUUGAUGGUGUCCUUUCACUCAGGAUCUGUCUUCAUCCAGACAGACAAGCCCAUCUACAACCCGGGAAACACAGUUCGAUUCAGGACCUUUGUGUCCUCUCCAUUCUUUGAGGCCGUUGACCACUCCAUUUCAAUAGACAUCAAGAAUCCAGAUGAUGUGGUGGUAAAACAAGUCUCCCGGACCAGAACUGUAGGCGGUGUUUUUUCAGACGAAUUUCCUCUGUCUGAAAUUGCAAAUGAAGGAACAUGGUCAGUGAUUGCAAAGUUUGACCACUGGCAGCAGAACACGUUUACCUCCAAGUUUGAAGUGAAAAAAUACGUGCUCCCUGCCUUCAAUGUUACAUUGACAUCCAAGAAGUCCUCCCUCAGCUUGGAUGACACUGAGCUGGUGAUAGAGAUAUCAGCAAACUAUCUGUAUGGAAAGCCGGUCCAGGGAACAGCUUAUGUUGUUUUUGGAGUGAAGAUCAACGAGCAGAUGAAAAGAUUACCUUCAAUAAAGAAGGUGUCCGAACUGGAUAGAGGAACUGCUACACUGAGUAUGGAGGAGAUCAGGGCAGCUUACCCCGACAUUAGGUCUCUGGUGGGUCACUCCGUGUAUGUGAAAGCAUCGGUGCUCACAAAGGCAGGAAGCGAUCUGGUCGAGGCUGAAAAGAGAGGGAUUAAAAUAGUAGAUUCCCCCUAUGUUAUAUCCUUCAGUGACACACCAAAGCACUACAAGCCAGGCCUCCCGUUUGAUUUCACAAUUCUUGUGAAUUACCACGAUGGAGCACCAGUUGAUGGUGUCGAUAUCAAGAUAAAUUUGCUGGACACAGUGUUGAGGGCCUCAUCCGGGAGUAUCAGAGCCACUUUGAACAUGCCCACAGACGGCUAUACGCAAACCAUCAUUGUUAGUAUAACAUUUGAUAUUCUGUUGCAUUCUGUUGAGACUGCAGAUCCUGGCCUGAGACCAGACCAGCAGGCCAAGCAACAGAUUACUGUUCAGUCCUACACCCCCCUUACCGGGCGGAAAAAUUACCUGUACAUCUCCACGGGUACCAACUCAGUGUCUGUAGGAGAAAGGCUGUCUUUAAAGUUCUCAGUCAGCACCUCUGACCAGUCACACAGACAGUUUGUUAAAAAGAUUACGUACAUGGUGCUCAAUAAAGGGAAGAUCAUAAAAGCCGAGCGUUUAGAUGUACAGAGCCACGUGGUCACCACUGUCGGGUUUAUGGUAACAUCUGAGAUGUUGCCAUCUUUUCGUGUUGUGGCUUUCUACAGUAUUCCCUGGUUAGGGCAAGAGGAGGUGGUGUCAGACUCUGUCUGGAUAGAUGUGGCAGAUUCCUGCAUUGGAGGGCUCACAGUUGCACCUGUAGGAAACAGAUACAGUCCACACGAGCCUGGGAAAAACCUCCGCUUUCAGAUCAAAGGAGAUCCGGGAGCGUUGGUCACCCUUGUGGCUGUGGACAAUGCUGUGUACCUUCUAAAUAAGGACAGACUCACACAGAAGAAGAUUUGGGAUGCAGUGGAGUAUGGAGACAUUGGCUGCACCAAAGGGGGCGGGCAAGAUGCCAAAACAGUGUUUACAGAUGCAGGACUUCUUUACUCCUCCAGUGCUGGAUUCAAAACCAAAACUAGACAAGCCCUAGAGUGUCCAGGCAGUGCCAGAGGAAGACGCUCUGCUGAACAGAUGAAACGCAAAGCGCAGCUGGAAAAUCACUACAAAGACAAACUGCAACGUCGCUGUUGUAAAGAUGGACUAAGGGAGAUCCCCAUGCCUUACUCCUGCACACGACGGUCCCUCUACAUUACCGAGGGCUGGGAGUGCAUGCUGGCCUUCCGUUACUGCUGUGCCACUUACAGGGGGCAGGUGUUCAACAGAGAGAUUCCUACCACGCCACCACCAAUGACCACGACACCUCUUACAACCACCAUCGUUGAUCCCCUUCCUUCUUUUGAAAUACUCUCUUUUGAUGACGUGUAUAUGACUUACUCAAGAGUCGAAACAAGUGCCACAAGGCAAUAUUCAUCACCUGGGUUAAGAGGAUUACCUGGGUUAAGUGGAGGUGGUAAAAUACUUGAACCCAAAUUACAUUCACUUGGAAGAGCACCAGAUGAUGGAGUGUCAAGGGUCUCUCUGUAUGAGGUGGAUGAAGAUGAAGGUGAGUACCAGGACAAGAAUGAAGUCUAUCUGCGUUCCAAGUUCUACGAGUCCUGGAUGUGGAUCGAUGUUAAACUGCCCCAACAGACUGGCAGUGAUGGGUUGGCCUCCAGUACUCUGAACCAGCCAUUACCUGACAGUAUCACAGAGUGGGGAAUCCUGGCUAUCAGCGCCUCAGCUAAUAAAGGUUUCUGUGUUGCGGAGCCCUAUAAUGUCCAAGCAACGAAACAUUUAUUUGUUGACCUGAAGCUGCCAUAUUCUGUGGCGAGGAACGAACAGAUUGAGAUUAAAGCGGUGAUCCACAACUACGCCUAUGUUGACUUACAUCUAAGGGUGGUGUUGAUGAAGACUGAAGGCAUAUGCAGCGUUGCUUUUAAGGACAGCUACACACAGGAAGUGAUGCUGCCUGCUGAGUCGACUAUUGUGCUGCCUUACAGCAUUAUGCCCCUGGUGGUUGGGAAACUUCCUCUAGAAGUCAUGGUGGUUGCCAAAAAUUUAAUGGGAGGAGACCGUGUCCAGAAAUUUCUUCGAGUGGUGGUCGAUGGGGUGCAGAAGACUGAAGUUUGGAAUGAAGUGUUAGAUCCAUCAUCUCAAGGGGGACGUCAGACAAUAAAUGUUCCUAGAUUUGUGCCAACAUCAAUUGUGCCGAACUCUGAGCCAGAAACGUUCAUCAAUGUCAGAGGCCAUCUUUUUGCAGACAGCAUUGAUAACUCCAUCAAGAAGGACUCUCUCGCAUCUUUGAUCCAGAUGCCCGGUGGCUGUGUGGAACAGAACUUGGCCUCAAUUACUUUGCCACUCAUUGCCACCCUCUAUCUGGACCGAACCAACAGCUGGGAGAGCGUUGGGGUAGAGCGCAGGGCUGAGGCUCUUGGAUAUAUCAUCAGAGGUUAUGAGAACCAGCUAGUAUACAGAAGAAGUGAUGGGUCCUACCCACCUUACAGGAGCCAAGGACCAAGUACAUGGAUCACAGCGUACGUGGUGAAGGUGUUCUCUAUGGCCUACUCCGUCGUCAGCAUCAAGCAGCAGCAAGUGUGCGACCCUCUGUUAUACUUGAAGGAAAAUAAACUUAAACAUCAUGAGGGAACAUACAGAGAGGACAACCCAGGUGGUCUUCGUGGUGACGACCCAGAGAUAACACUCACAGCCUUUGUACACAUCGCACUUGCAGAGGCCAUGCAGGCUGGGAUCAGAUGCAACGGUUCACCUGUGGAUGUCACCAACACACCAACAACAACGUUCUUGACUAAAGCUCUGUCGACACGUGGGAGGAGGCCAUACACGGUGGCCAUUGCUUCCUAUGCACUAUCACUCCUAGGAAAAACUUUUGACCACCAACCUUUACUUGAGGCUGCAUCUGCUGAUAAAAGUCACUGGCCUGACCGUGAAAACCGCUUGUUCACACUGGAAGCAACUGGCUAUGCUCUUCUGGCUCUUGUAAAAAUGGGACGCAUGGAAGAUGCAAAAGCACCUUUCAAAUGGUUGAACAGCCAGAGAAGAAGAGGAGGUGGCUUUGGCUCAACUCAGUCCACCAUGGUGGUUCUCCAGGCACUGUCAGAGUACAUGACCAAAAAACCAAUUUCUAAUGACCUCAGUCUGAAUGUUGAUGUCAAAAUAACAGGUCGCAAGGACAUUCGUUACCAUUUCAACCCCCGCACAGCCUAUGCUGCUCAGUCUUCCAGGCUACCCGCUGAUCUCGAUUUGGAAGUGGUGGUUGAGGGAAAUGGGCAGGGAAUAUUAGAGGUUGUGACCCAUUAUAACCAGUUGCAUGAAGUGGCCGAGAGCACACCCUGCAAGGACUUUGAGCUCAGUGUCGUUAUUGAAGAGUCCUCUGACAAACCUCAAGGAGAUAUAGAAAAGUUAUUCAAGAUGACUAUCAAAGUGAGGGCAUUAGGACCCAGAGAUGUCCGAAUGGUGGUUCUUGAUAUCAGCCUGCCCACUGGCUUCACGCCAGACAACUCAGACAUGGAGAUGUUGUCCAACUCAGUGGACUGUUACGUCAGCAACCAUCAGAUUGUAGACAACUUGAGUGACAGAGGCUCCCUGAUCCUACACCUGUUUAAGGUUUCCCAUAAAGAACCAGAAAUAUUAGUCUUCAGACUUCAGCAGAACUUUAAAGUCGGCCUCCUGCAGCCAUCCUCAGUUACGGUCUACGAGUAUUACAAUCCAGAUCACCGCUGCAGCCGUACAUACUCGCCCAGAGAGGACAGGGAGGAGCUCUCUCGGAUUUGCCAGAACGACGUCUGCCGCUGCACACAUGGUGACUGCUGUGUCUCCAAAUUUGAUUGGGAAAAUUUCCUCACGAAACAAAGAGAGACGUUUGCCUGCAAGGGCUUACUCCACAUUUUCCAGGUGAAGGUGUUGAGUGUCAAUCAGGGCUACUAUGACAAAUACGAGAUGGAGAUUACACAAGUUAUAAAACUGGGUGUUGAAACUGGAGUCACAGUGGGUCAGAAGAAGAUUUUUAUGUCUAAUUCGGCAUGUAGAGCAAAACUCAACCUGAGGCAAGGGGCAACAUACCUCAUUAUGGGCCCCAAAGAGGACCAGUGGACCACUGACAACAAUGGAUUUAACUACAUGUUGGGGAAGGACACCUGGGUGGAACGCUGGCCUUUGGCUGCAGAAUGCUCCAAAAAUCCUAGUCUGCAAGAUAAAUGCAAAACUCUUGACGAAGCUGCAAAGGAUCUGUCUACCAAUGGCUGCAGAAGUUAA